GCAGCCGUGUCAGCCGCUGUACCACCGUGCCACCCACCAGUGAAAAUCACUCAAAGUUAUAUAACAAGGACUUUUCCCAACCAUACUUUUUUUUCGAAACCACAGGUAUUUUAUUGCAGUCAAAAUGCUCCAUAAACCGUGGAUAUAAACCAUGAACCAAAGGCCAGUGUUUCAUAAAGUUUUCUGCCCCCGUAAAUGUUCCUGAGGUCAACACCCAAGUUAUCACAAUCACUUCUAUAUGUUUUAUUCUAUAGUUAGCGGAAUGAUUCACCGAGUGGCUGAGAAACCAACAUUUUUUUAUUGUGGCAGACUGGGACAGCAGUUAAAUUGUCGCAAACAAACAUGGAGCAGAUGGUAGUAAAAUACAGUAAAUAUCUUCAACAGUGUUGGUGAGACUUUAAUGGCUCCAUAAAAUACAGUUAACCAACAGAAAAAGUAGCAUCUUUUGACUUUUGUUUCCUUGUUGCCAAUGUGCUAAUUGCUUAUAUGUGGUUAAACAUAUUAUUUUAACAACUAACAAAAUAGCUGCGUCGUACAACUCAAAAAGUCGCAGCGUCUUUUAGAUACUCACAUUAUCAUCUUUUCGGGUUAUAUAAACCGGAUUCUUGGUGAAGUGUAAACCGUAGUGUGCCAUAUUUCGGCCACAUCUGUUGCUCUACAUCGUGGAGAGGAUAUAACUUUUAACCAACUUGUGGCCCAGAACUCACCAACAAGAGUCGGUCCAGGAACAAACUAAUGUAAAAGAAAUCACUAUGACUGUAUGCUGGCCCGCGUAUCCCGGAUGACAACGUCAACAACAGCGCAUCGACUUGAAUUAUCGGUAAGGGAUUCAUUUAAAAGCUAGUUUUGACUGACGUCAUCAGUUCGCCUGACGGUGUUGGGAUGCCAUGAAUUGAAACAAAUCAGUUAAAAGAAAAAACAAUUACUAUAUUGUUUUAAUGCUUAAUGUUCUGUCAUUAAUGUGUUUAACUUAAUGAAUUCUAACGACUAUAUUUACUGACUAAUAUAUUAAACAAUCAGCUGACUUUACGUGCUCCUUAACUUUUUUUUCUGCACAUCAAAAUCUCAGUUUCAUUUUCGGUGAAGCGCUCAGGUGAAAUGAAACUGAUGCUCAAACCUGACCAAGACGCAGAAAUCAUACGGCGACUACAGUCUCAGCUGUCCGGUCUGUGUGAACCUGGGUCGUCAUGUCAGCCGGUAUCAGUCGGUUACUGUCCGUGUUUCUUCGGAUGGAAUCUCAUCACUGCGAAAUGAGAGGCCUGAGCAACUACCAUCUCUCCUGCUGCGUCAACACUCUGCUGCAGACCCUCUCUGCAACCUGGGAGGUCGCUGAUGUGUUGGAAAGGUGGAACUCGGAAGGCGUGAAUGCGUCCAAUCGUAACGUCCCUCUACAGCUGAAGAAAGUUCUCGUAGCCAUGAGCAGCGGUGGUCCCCAGAACGAAGUUCACCGAGACUUCCUCCGCUGCCUGGACAGAAACUGCGUACGACUCAGCGUUCAGCACGACUCUAACGAAGUCUUCCUCUCCAUCCUGAACUUCACGAAGCAGCAGAUGGACGACGAAGCACUUGCUCUUGAGAUCCAGAACCUUUACAAGAUUUCAAUAGAGACUCAGCUGCGGUGUUUGAACUGUGACUCCGUCCAGACGGCGGUCGACUACCUGCUCAAUCUGCAUCUGCAUGUCAAAGAAGACCACAACUCUCUGGAAAGUUGCAUCUCGACCUUCUUGGAGGAACAUGAGCUGAGAGGCAUAAACUGCUGCUUCUGUGCAGAAUGUGGAGCUAAAACUCCAUCUAAACAGUGUGUGAAAUUCCUCGCUUUGCCUCGGAUCUUGUGCGUUCACCUGAAGCGGUUCAGAAGCGGGCAGCGCUACACCAGGAAACUCGACUGCACGGUAACUUUUCCGGAGAGCUUUGACUUUUCCGAGAUUGCUAGAGAGGGAUUCUCUAAGGAAUUUACCCAGACAAAGUGCAAAUACACUUUAUAUGCAGUGGUGGUGCACAGUGGCAGUGCGAUGUGUGGCCACUACACGGCGUACGUCCGUCAUAAGGUGAAUCAACAGUGGUACUACGCUGAUGACAGCCACGUGCAGCAGGCUUCCUGGGAAGAUGUGCAAGGAACAAAUGGAAGUGCAGCCUACAGCAACACAGCUUACAUGUUAAUGUACAGAAGAGCAGAAGAAGAGCAGCCGCAGCAGCAAACUUAAGUGAUCCAAAAUGAUUGGCCGAGACGAGGUGAAGACUAUACUGAAACUUGUUGCACUAAUUAAAUAAUAAUUAUAAUGUUAAUUAAUGUUUUUUUUAAAGUAAAUUCUUCCUUAACUUUAUGUAUACCUUUCAUAGCAACACUAACUCUUUCUGGCCAGUAGGUGGCGUUGAUGACUCAGAUCACGUGUCUUCUCAAGACCACACACAAAGCGCACAGCCUCAGUGGUGGUGGUGUGUGGUUGAAAGAGAAUGCUUAGCUUCGAUGUUCACUGUUUGCAUGAAAAUACCUGCAGUAGUACUCGGUGUUUACUUCCCUCCCACCGCUGGUAAUGAACUGAGCGUCAGGAGAGUUACUUUGUAAAGAACAAUAACGUAAUUGUUUCUCUAUUUUGGCUGCCCUGAAGCAAUUAAUGAUACCAGAAGAACUAUCUCUGUCCUCCUGUCUCUGCUGUUUGGGUUUUAUUACCACCUGUCACCGUUUGCACAAAUGAUGUGCGUAAUUCAUUCCUCUUGAUGUGGCGACACUGGCACAACUCCUUCUCCAAAUGAACCUCAUGCACCUUC